ACCUAGUCUAUUUUAUUAUUUACCACCAUAAAAUAUAUACAAAACUAUUGCAAAAGUUACAAUUUAGUAAAACUUAUGUACACAAACACUCACAGAUCGUAUAUGGUGCUAUUCUCAGUUGAGAGAAGUGUACACAAACAUACAGAUGCAGUAUUAAAUUGUAACUGCGUACAUUUAACCGUAGUGCAUACCACACUACUAUAAUAAUUUUGUAGCCUCCUCCUGUUGCUGCUGCAACGAGCUCAGCUGUUGCGAGUAUCCACUUAAAACAUGCUGUGAUGCUCAACAUCCCGGCAUGAGCAGUUCAUCCCCAGUGAAUUGUGUAUCACAGUAAAAAGUGCCCUCUCCCUGUUUGCAUGUAUUUUUCUUCCUGUUUUGUGCUGUACUGUAAACCUUGAAUAACACCGUGGGAUCCAUAUGAAGUGGCACUAGUGAUGCUGGCAGUGCUCCCAAGAAGCACAGAAAAGUCAUGGCAUUUGACAUUACAAGAAAAACUUCAUCUGCCUGAUAUGUAACAGAGACUGAGGUCUGCAGCUGGGGUUGCUUCCAUUUCAGACAGAUGAUUCAUCUUGUAAACAGACAGUGUAAACUUAUUGUACGGAUAAAUACAGAACAGUACUGUAGAUGUAUUUUCUCUUCCUUACGAUUUUCUUACAAGUGUUCCCUUUUCCCUAGCUUACUUUAUUGUAACAAUACAGUAUAUCAUACAUAUAACAUACAAAAUACAUGUUAUUAACUGUUCCUGGCCAACAACAGGCUAUUAGUAGUUAAGUUUGGGGGAGUCAGAGUUAUACCUGGAUUUUCUACUGUGUAUGGUCAGGGUGCCAAGCCCCCAAGUUGAUCAGGGGUCAACUGUAAUCCUAAAAGAAUCUAAUAUAAUAUUGUACACAGUAAGUGGUCAAUAAAUAAUGAAUUGAACUAAAUAAUACACAAAUCUCAGAAUAUGUGCAACCUGAUCGUAGUACACAGAACUCUCUCUAUAUAUAUCUUUUCUCAGGUCAUGCCAUUCUUUCAGGUAGAAAGUGCCUUAUUUUGAAUUAGUUGUCUUUAGAGCAAAAAUCCCUCUAAGAGUGCAGUACGGAUUCCUAUGUACAAUCUGGAAUAGUCCAUUGCUUCAUGCCUACCCUGGACAUGAAGGGCCAUGCCACAGCAGAAGUAUCUAUGCACCCACCCCUGUCUAUACCUGAGCAACGCAUUCAUUCCUCUUUGCUGCUCUCUUACAGGCUACAGAGUGUGGUGGCUCCAGCACAGAGCUCUGCUCAGCAUCUCUCUGUGCUUUCACGAUGCUGAUGGAUGAUGAAGGUAGGGAAGAAUGUACAGCCAGGAGGCCAUUAGGAGGGCAACUAAUUUACAAAAUCACAUUUGUAGAAUUGAGUGCAUCCAACAACUACCAGGGGAAAGUUGGGCAAGAGCUAUGCCAACACCACCCAAGUCAAAACCAAAACAACAGGAAAAGAAAAUCAUGUGGAUAUAGAAUUUCUGACAACAUCAUUCCCAAGGUGCCUUAUCCAAGAGGAACUGCUAAAAUAACAUUUUAAGUGGAAGUAAAUACAUGCUGGAAGCAUUAUAUAUUAGUAGAGUCUGUUUUUUUUUUUUUUCCCCAAAGUACUUUCUAAAGCACACCCAACAUAAGCCCCCUAAGAGACAUUUCACAUUAAAAUUAAAACAUGUCUUCACUGGUGGUUUCUCAACUUACCUCCAUCUUCUGUCCCCUUUAAUGAACUGGGCCAUGAGGUGAGUCAGAGAGGAUAAAGGGAGUGGUAAGAAUUUGAGGGGAGAGGAGAGUGAGGCUAAAAUAGGAAAUCAGGAAAUGCGAUUAGGUCCCCCCUGUCCCUCACAUGGGGCCGCCCUCUUAUUGCCCAACGUGGUUUCUUCUUGAGGGUUCUGCAUGGUUCCUCAAUCCCAGGGAAUUCUGCAGGACGUUCCACCCAAGACCCCUGGGCUCCCAUCUCUACUCUUUUGCCAGUUAAUGAAUAAGAAGGAAUUUCACUGCCUGGAAAGAGGAACGAUGCUUUCUGGUCCUUAUUUCACAUCUAAAAUAGAGAGGUCAAUUGAAUUAUUCCUAAAUAUAUCUGAACACUAAAAUAGAAGUUUUAAAGCAUAUAUGUACUACCUGGUCACUCUAGCCUUAAGUCAGGGAAAAGUACAGAUUCAACAUUUAAAAUUGACAUAGACGCUUUUCACUUAAUGCUACCACUCUUGCUUUAUUUCAUGAGAAUGAGAAUACAAUAAUAUGCCAUACGUUCAUUUGGGUGAAAGAUUGAUGUCUUAUAGCAUAGUUUAUAAUUACGGAAAACAUGUGAAUUCACUGGGAAUAAAGAAAUUUUGAAGAUAAUAAAAUAUUUUCACUUAUGUUGUAAUUUCUAUGUCAUCUGGUGUAGGAUGUGGCGAUAUUAAUGUUUACACCUAACUUAAGUUUGUCAUCUAAGACCUGAAAGGGUUGCGUCUAUCAGCUGCACCCCUGGGUAGCCACACAACCUCGGGGGAAGGCCUCAGCCCCAUCCCUGGAACAGCAGGAAUGAGAACAGCACUGCCUGUUGGGAUGAUUGAGGGAGGCCAUGAAAGUGCAGUGCUUGGCAGAGGGUCUCGUCAUGGAAGGUACCAGCAAUUGUGAGAUACUUUUAUGAUUUUAUUUUCUCCAAAAGAAAGGGAAUAAAAGAAGAGGGGAGGAAACAAGACUAAUUGCGAGAGAUAAAGUACAAGGGGUGAGGGAAGGAGUAAGGAGACAUGAGGGCAGCGUGGAGCAGCCGAGGGGGGAGAUGGCUUUCACCACUUCCCAGCACCUAUUGCAGAUUCCACCCUCAAACAUUUUGUAAGGACCCUUUAUGCAAGGUAAUGUUUGAACCCUGCUGAGGCAGUGGCGUGGGUCUCUGAGAGAAUAAUUAACUUAAUUUGACUAUCUGGUUUGUGGAUGCGUUUACUCUCAUGUAAGUCAACAACAUCCUGGGAUUGGGACACACUUUCUGGGCACUGCUGGCCAGUCCCAAAAUGGAACAUAAGGAAGUGGUUCUUCUACUUCUUUUAUUUCUGAAAUCAGGUCAAGGAGAGCCUCUGGAUGACUAUGUGAAUACCCAGGGGGCUUCACUGUUCAGCAUCACUAAGAAGCAGCUGGGGGCAGGAAGCAUAGAAGAAUGUGCAGCAAAAUGUGAGGAGGAGGAAGAAUUCACCUGCAGGUCAUUCCAAUAUCACAGUAAAGAGCAACAAUGUGUGAUAAUGGCUGAAAACAGGAAGUCCUCCAUUGUCUUUAGGAUGAGAGAUGUCGUUUUAUUUGAAAAGAAAGUGUAUCUUUCAGAGUGCAAGACUGGGAAUGGAAAGAAUUACAGAGGGACGAUGUCCAAAACAAAAAAUGGCGUCACCUGUCAAAAAUGGAGUUCCACUUCUCCCCACAGACCUAAAUUCUCACCUGCUACACACCCUUCAGAGGGACUGGAGGAGAACUACUGCAGGAACCCAGACAACGAUGGGCAGGGGCCCUGGUGCUACACUACUGAUCCAGAACAGAGAUUUGACUACUGCGACAUUCCCGAGUGUGAAGAUGAAUGUAUGCAUUGCAGUGGAGAAAAUUAUGAUGGCAAAAUUUCCAAGACCAUGUCUGGACUGGAAUGCCAGGCCUGGGACUCUCAGAGCCCACACGCUCAUGGAUACAUUCCUUCCAAAUUUCCAAACAAGAACCUGAAGAAGAAUUACUGUCGUAACCCCGAUGGGGAGCCACGGCCUUGGUGUUUCACCACCGACCCCAACAAGCGCUGGGAACUUUGCGACAUCCCCCGCUGCACAACACCUCCACCAUCUUCUGGUCCCACCUACCAGUGUCUGAAGGGAACAGGUGAAAACUAUCGCGGAGAUGUGGCUGUUACCGUGUCCGGGCACACCUGUCAGCGCUGGAGUGCACAGACCCCUCACACACAUAACAGGACACCAGAAAACUUUCCCUGCAAAAAUUUGGAUGAAAACUACUGCCGCAAUCCUGAUGGAGAAAAGGCCCCAUGGUGCUAUACAACCGACAGCCAAGUGCGGUGGGAGUACUGUAAGAUACCGUCCUGUGAGUCCUCCCCAGUAUCCACGGAACCAUUGGAUCCCACAGCACCACCUGAGCUUACCCCUGUGGUCCAGGAGUGCUACCAUGGUGAUGGGCAGAGCUACCGAGGCACAUCCUCCACCACCACCACAGGAAAGAAGUGUCAAUCUUGGUCAUCUAUGACACCACACCGGCAUCAGAAGACCCCAGAAAACUACCCAAAUGCUGGCCUGACAAUGAACUACUGCAGGAAUCCAGAUGCCGAUAAAGGCCCCUGGUGUUUUACCACGGACCCCAGCGUCAGGUGGGAGUACUGCAACCUGAAAAAAUGCUCAGGAACAGAAGGGAGUGUUGCAGCACCUCCGCCUGUUGCCCAACUUCCAGAUGCAGAGACUCCUUCCGAGGAAGACUGUAUGUUUGGGAAUGGGAAAGGAUACCGAGGCAAGAAGGCAACCACUGUUACCGGGACACCAUGCCAGGAAUGGGCUGCCCAGGAGCCCCACAGCCACCGCAUUUUCACUCCAGAGACAAAUCCACGGGCAGGUCUGGAAAAAAACUACUGCCGUAACCCUGAUGGUGAUGUAGGUGGUCCCUGGUGCUACACGACAAAUCCAAGAAAACUUUACGACUACUGUGAUGUCCCUCAGUGUGCGGCCUCUUCAUUUGAUUGUGGGAAGCCUCAAGUGGAGCCGAAGAAAUGUCCUGGAAGGGUUGUAGGGGGGUGUGUGGCCCACGCACAUUCCUGGCCCUGGCAAAUCAGUCUUAGAACAAGGUUUGGAAUGCACUUCUGUGGAGGCACCUUGAUAUCCCCAGAGUGGGUGCUGACUGCUGCCCACUGCUUGGAGAAGUCCCCAAGGCCUUCAUUCUACAAGGUCAUCCUGGGUGCACACCGAGAAGUGCAUCUCGAACCGCAUGUUCAGGAAAUAGAAGUAUCUAAGAUGUUCUCGGAGCCCGGAGGAGGAGAUAUUGCCUUGCUAAAGCUAAGCAGUCCUGCCAUCAUCACUGACAAAGUAAUCCCAGCUUGUCUGCCAUCCCCAAAUUAUGUGGUCGCUGACCGGACCGAAUGUUUCAUCACUGGCUGGGGAGAAACCCAAGGUACCUAUGGGGCUGGCCUUCUCAAGGAAGCCCGGCUCCCCGUGAUUGAGAAUAAAGUGUGCAAUCGCUAUGAGCUUCUGAAUGGAAGAGUCAAAUCCACCGAGCUCUGUGCUGGGCAUUUGGCCGGAGGCACUGACAGUUGCCAGGGUGACAGUGGAGGGCCUCUGGUUUGCUUCGAGAAGGACAAAUACAUUUUACAAGGAGUUACUUCUUGGGGUCUUGGCUGUGCGCGUCCCAAUAAGCCAGGUGUCUAUGUUCGUGUUUCAAGGUUCAUCACUUGGAUCGAGGGAGUGAUGAGAAAUAAUUAAUUGGACGGGAUUACAGAGUGAAGCAUUGACUCACCUAGAGGCUGGAACGUGGGUAGGGAUUUAGCAUGCUGGAAAUAACUGACAGUAAACAAACGAGGACAUUGUCCCCAGCUACCAGGGAAGCCAAACCUCAGCAUUUUUUGUAUUAUUUUCUGACUGCUGGAUUCUGUAAUAAGGUGGCAUAGCUAUGACAUUUGUUAAAAAUAAACUCUGUACUUAACUUUGAUUUGAGUUAAUUUUGGUUUUGGUCUUC